AUGGCAAAGGGUCUGCAGGGCUUCUCGUGGACCAUGCUGCUGCUGCUCUGUGCUAUCCAGGAGCUGGGGUCCUGGGCUGUGCACACUGCAGCAGAGGGUCCUGGCCUGGGGCAGCCAGGGGACCCUGCGCUGCUGGUCAGUGGACGAGUGAAGCGUGGCUGGGUCUGGAACCAGUUCUUUGUGGUGGAGGAGUACACGGGCACGGAGCCACUGUACGUGGGGAAGAUCCAUUCAGACUCGGAUGAGGGGGACGGCUCCAUCAAGUACACCAUCUCCGGGGAGGGUGCCGGGACCAUCUUCCUCAUCGAUGAGAUCACAGGAGAUAUCCAUGCCACCGAGCGCCUGGACCGGGAGCAGAAAACCUUCUACACACUGCGGGCUCAGGCCCGUGACCGACAGACAGACCAGUUGCUGGAGCCAGAGUCCGAGUUCAUCAUCAAGGUGCAGGACAUCAACGACAGCGAGCCACGCUUCCUGGAGGGGCCCUACAUCGGCAGUGUGGCUGAGCUGUCCCCUGUUGGCACCUCUGUGAUGCAGGUGAUGGCAUCUGAUGCUGAUGACCCCACAUAUGGGAGCAGUGCCCGGGUAGUCUACAGUGUGCUGGAGGGCGAGCAACACUUUACUGUGGACAGUAAAACAGGUGUGAUCCGGACAGCUGUGGCUGACCUGGACCGUGAGACGCAGGACCGGUACGAGGUGGUGAUCCGUGCAACAGACAUGGCCGGACAGUUGGGUGGCCUGUCCGGAUCCACCACAGUCACCAUCGUGGUCACUGAUGUCAACGACAACCCACCACGCUUCCCUCAGAAGAUGUAUCAAUUCAGCAUCGUUGAAACUGCCCCUGUGGGCACCGCCAUCGGGAGGGUAAAGGCAGAGGACUCUGACGUCGGGGAGAACACAGAUAUGACGUAUCAGAUGAAGGAUGAAGAAGGAGUGGAGAUGUUCAAAGUUACCACAGACAGCAAUACCCAAGAGGCUGUUAUCACAGUACAGAAGCCUCUUGACUAUGAGUCAAAAAAAGUGCACACCGUCGUGGUGGAGGCCCUGAACAAGUUCGUGGACCCACGUUUUGUGGACCUGGGCACCUUCCGGGACCAAACCAUCGUGCGGGUGUCUGUGCUGGAUGUCGACGAGCCCCCUGAGUUCCGGCCCCCCUCCAAUCUGAUGGAGGUCCAGGAGGAUGCACAAGUUGGCUCUGUCGUGGGGGUGGUCACUGCCCUUGACCCUGAUACAGCGAACCACCCUGUCCGGUAUGCUAUCGACCGCAGCACAGACACAGAGAGGAUCUUUGACAUCGACGCCAACACAGGUGCCAUUGUGACAGGAAAGGUCCUGGACCGGGAGACAGCAGGGUGGCACAACAUCACUGUCCUCGCGAUGGAAGCAGAUAAUCAUUCACAGGUGUCAAGGGCCUCUCUGCGCAUCCGCAUCCUGGACGUGAAUGACAACCCACCUGAACUUGCCACCCCUUAUGAAGCUGCUGUGUGUGAGGAUGCCAAGCCAGGCCAGCUGAUCCAGACUAUUAGUGUUGUGGACCGCGAUGAGCCUCAGGGUGGCCAUCGGUUCUACUUCACGCUGCCACCUGAAGCCACCAACAGCCACCAUUUUUCUCUGCUGGAUAUUAAGGACAAUACGGCUGCGGUGCACACACAGAGAGUGGGCUUCAAUCGCCAAGAGCAAGAUGUGUACUUACUGCCCAUUUUGGUGGUGGACAGCGGCCCCCCACCCCUCAGCAGCACGGGAACCCUGACCAUCCGCAUCUGUGGCUGUGACAGCAACGGGGCCAUCCAGUCCUGCAAUAGCACGGCCUACGCCAUGUCAGCUACGCUGAGCCCAGGCGCCCUCAUCGCACUGCUGGUGUGUGUCCUCAUCCUCAUCGUGUUGGUCCUUCUGAUCCUCACGCUGAAGCGACACCACAAGAGCCACCUGACGUCCGAGGAUGACGAGGACAUGAGGGACAAUGUCAUCAAGUACAAUGACGAAGGAGGUGGUGAGCAGGACACGGAGGCCUACGACAUGUCUGCCCUGCGCAGCCUCUAUGACUUCAGUGAGAUCAAAGGCGGUGACGGGGGCGGGGGGCUGGGAGAGGGGGGCCCGAGUGGAAACCCAGCCUCCGAGCGCCAUGCCCUCCCGCAGUGGGUGCAGAGCCCGGACCUGGACUUCUCCGUGUUCAGAGACUACAUCUGCAGGAAGGUGGAGCAGGCGGAUGAGGACCUCUCUGUGCCACCCUACGACUCGUUCCAGACCUAUGCUUUUGAGGGCUCGGACUCCCCUGUGCUCUCCCUGAGCUCGAUAAACACCUGGUCCAGCAGCUCGGAGCAGGACUUCUCCUACCUGGGGGCCUGGGGGCCGCGUUUCCGGCAGCUGGCAGCGCUCUAUGCGGGGCGCCGUGGCGAGGAGGACAGCGAGGAGUCCUAGCCGUGCCAGCCAAAGCCCACGAGGCUCCGGGCACAUCCAGGGCCAGGGCUCUGGCCAUGGCAGGGUCCAAGCACGGGGGGCUGUGGGUGCUGGUGGUGGCUGCUGGGGGGGCUGUGCCGCAGGGGUGGGCCUGAGCUGGGUGCUUCCCGCAGCCACCUCCUGGUCCAGGCUGUGUUGCACCCACCCGGCCAGGCUGGCGUGCCCGUGUGAGCCGCUGGGGCCAUCGUAAUCUCCUUAAUGCUGAUCUCUGUUAAAGCACUGCGCAUUAAUUUAAGAAAGAGAAAAAUCUAAUUCAAGAGAGAUUGGAGGGGUUUCUCUCCCACAAAUUAUCAUUUAAAUAGAUCCGUUCAGUGAGUCCAGUUCAGGGUAGGAAGAGCAAACCGGGAGCCUUUUGUUGUCUAAAUUGUUUUUGUCACUUGAGUCAGAGCAUUUGAAGUGCUUUGAUUUCUUUAAGAACUUUCCUUGCAGAGGGAAAUAAGCUUUUAACUUCUGUUCUGCUUUUUCUGCUUACAUUUGCUCACUUUUUGGAGUCCUCCUUCCUUCUGCACAUGGGCUCCCAGGCAGUACCUGCACACUGCCACACUGGGGAUGCUCACGCCGGCUGCAGCUCCGUGGUCACACCCUGAACAGAGCGACUGCUGCCCAGGAGUUCACUUCAAAACACAUUUCUCUGCUAAGCUGCAGCUGCAGUGCGUCUCAGCUCUUAGACCUUUCCUGUAGUUAAAAGGCUGAUGACUCAAAGGGGCUUCCUCUUGCACACCCUGCGCACUGGGCACUGUCUGUGGCAUGCUGGUGUGCUCCAAGGCCCUGGUGAUGGACAGAGUCCUCCUGCCUGCUGCUGAGGUGUGGUGGCAUGGCUGGAGCCGGUUGCUGCAGGCUGAGCAGCAGCUCUGUGACACCUCAGUGCGCCCAGGUGCCCCUGCCCUGGCACCCUGCAAGAAACCUGCAAAACACCCGUGGGUGGCACAGCUUCCUUUGCAUGAGACCUCUGGUUUUAACAGGUAUGUCAGAAGGCGGCAGGUGGGAUUUGCCUUUGUUCCUUGGGCUUCCUCCUUACUAAAGGAAAGUGCUUCUUGGCCCUGCUGGUAUUGCAGCUCCUUAUCUGUUCCUGUUUAAAACAAUCAGUGAUGUAUUUGAUAGGUAACCGAUAAGGUUUCCCAAGGCCUGACACAUCCUGGGCUUUUCACUGGGUUUGUCCUUUUAGUUUAGCCACAGACGGUGUUUGCUAUCCUUGGAGAAGGCUUAAAUGUAAAUGUACAUGCGUGUUCAUUUUAUGCUGUUUUGCUUCCCGGCUGCUGGUGUUGGCCCUUUAGCCACAGGGUGAGUCCUGAUGGUGGAGAGAGGCCGGAUGCAUCUUUGCCAUGGCUCCUGCCCCUGGCUGCUCCUCCCCGCUGCCACCAUGCUUGGCUUUCUGCCGGGACCAGGAGCUGCUUGUGUCUCAGGGUCUCUCUGGUCCCUGCCAAAGAGGCUGCAGGCACCCACGCCCUGGUGUGCCACUGGUUCACUGUGAUGAUGCUGGAGAGGCAGCAGGGCCAAUGGAAGGUGAUGCCCUGGAUCCCAGAGCAGGAGAAAAGAAAGCCCUCUCUUUCCUCAGGAAUGUGUACGUGUUUUCCCUCUGGGCUGAAGUGUUGGAGUCCCUCUGGAGUUGGCCUUUCCUCUAGCAAAAGUGUUGUGCAAUAGUAGGGCUCUGUCCAUAGGAGAUGGGGUCUGACAGGGUACGUGUUUAGCCACCCUCCCACUGGUUUCCCCCUCCCCGACCAGCCAGUCCUCCCCACUGCGCAUGCACGCACGCUUGCGUUUUAAUUUCCAUCCCCCAUGUAAAUACGGGAGGAGCGCGGUGCCCAGCAAGCUGACCGCUCCAUGGGCACUGCCCUGCGCUCCCUGCCCUCCUGCACCCACAGGAGGAGCUGGCAGCUGCCACAGUCUUCUCUAUCCAAACAAAAUUAGGAGGUUGAUUUCCUCACCCUUGUUAUUUUUUUCAAGGUCUUUCAAGGACCUGGAAAUAAAUGAUUUCCUUGUCAUCUAGCCUGAGUCUUAUUUGCCUUGUCUUGUUUUGUUUCAUAAUGCUGCUAUUCUAACGUGGUCCCAUGAAUGUGUGCCCAGAGGGCAGGGGGCCGGCACAGCCUAGGCUGGCACAUUCCACACCGGGGCUGGCAGCUGGGCCAGGCAGGGUUCCCAGGGCAGGGUGCUGCUUCUCUGGCUCCUUCCCCUUUUUCACUGAAAUGCUCAUCAGAAAAAGCAUCUUCAUGAGCAAGAUCAGUUUUUUUUCUGGCUGAAUCUGAAGGAAAUGAUGAAAAAACAAUAUGCACUUGGCUUCCACCAUCUUUUCAGAAAAAGAAAGCUGGGCUGUGUUGUUAGCAGCUAUUUGAGGUGCUCGGCGUGUGCUCCAGGCAGCCUGCGGUGCCCACCUGCUGCUCUGCUCCCCCAGGAGCCACACAACACUGGGGGCUGGAGUCUGCAAGGCCACAGCUGGGCACAGGCUUCUUAGCACCAUCCUUGAAGGAAACUGCAUGCUAAAUGACAAAAGAAAGUCUGAUUAUGCAUCCUCAUCAUCAUCUUUUCUUAGCCAAUAGAGUACUUCAAUGUUCUUUAAAACAUGAACCUUUAGUGCUGUUUUCCUGAAGUCACAGACAGCCUCAUAGGUGUCCAGCUGCUCACUGACAAGCAUGGAGCCCGAUCAUGUUCUUCAUGUUCUUCCCAGCUUCAGUACCGCUGGGCAUCGAUAACAGGUUUUGUUGCCAUGACCCGUUCUCAUAUUGGUAAUGGCAUGUAUUAGUGCAGUGUUCAGUUAUCAGCUGCAGAAGAAAAAAAAAAAAAAAAAAAAAGAAAGAAAUUAAACCCAGUUUUAAUACUGAAAUGAUGUAAAUAAAUGACACUCCAUCCUGGCCACAGA